AUGUACAUACGUACGUCUCGAUUCCAUGACAGUCGUGAAGACCAUAACGACCUUGAACAUCUCGAGAACCUCAAAGAUUUUGAAGGCCUUGAAGACUAUGAAGACUAUGAAAACCAUGAAUAUCUCGAAUACUUUGAAGUUCUUGAAUUCCUUGAAGACCGUGGAAACCUUGAAGUCCCUAAAUACCAUAAAAACCUUGAAGACCUUGAAAAAGUUGAAGAUCUUAAACACCAUGAAGAUUUUAAAAACGUUAAUGAACUUAAAAACCUUGAAAAAAUUGAAAAAUAUGAAGAUCUUGAAGAGCUUGAAGACAUUAAUGGCCUUAAAUAUCGUGAAGACCUUGAACACCUCGAAGACCUUAAAGAUGUUAAAGUCCCUAAAUACCAUAAAGACCUUGAAUAUAUCGAAGAUCUUGAAGUAGAUAGUCUCACUUGA